AUGUUCACUCCGGCAGGUUCUACCAAGGUCACGGCUUGUCCUCCAGGGUGCGGUGGGUGGUUCACUAGUGGUUCCGGGGUUUUCUUGCGGACUUUUGCUGCAGAGGAGAUCCCUGGUGGAGGCGCCGGAUUUAGUUACCAGCAGCAACUUGUUCCUAGAAUGAGGCCUGGAGGAGCUCCUACAUAUGUCCCAUUUCUUUGUUCCAAUGGUCCAAGUCCAACAAGGCCAGCAGGGCCAGCGCCCAGGAGGCCGCCGUGGAGGUGGUCCUAUGCAACAAACCCAACAACCUUUGCCAAUGAUCGAUGUAGCAGUAGGACGCAACAUGCAGAUGUUCCAAUGCCAGGUGUGGCUGGAGGCAUGCUCUCAGUUCCUUACGACGUUGGUGGUGUGCAAAUGAGAGAUGCUGCACUGGGACAGCCUAUGCCCAUUCAGGCUUUGGCUACAGCUCUUGCGAAUGCUCCUACAACUGACAACAGAGGACGGUGGGUUAUGAUGACCUUGUCGUUUCUUUUUUGUAGUGGUUGCAGUUCGUCUGUUGAUCUGUUGGAGCACGACUCUGUGGCCAAGGUUACUGGUAUGCUUCUAGAGAUGGACCAGACUGAGGUUCUGCAUCUGCUCGAGUCACCAGAGGCUUUGAAGGCAAAAGUCGCAGAGACCAUGGAGGUCCUGAGGAGAGCAUUUGUUGGGUCUGCACCACCUAGAGAGCAUCUCGUCCAAUUCUACUCGUUGAUACCCCAACUCCUUACAGAACAAAGCAGCUCGCCAAGCUACAGUGGCUUUAGCAAUAACUGGUCAGUAAUGUAA